CCGUGGUUGUUUUAUUAUGUUCUCUAUAACCAAUUUUAGUAAACAUUUUUUUAAUGCAAAAACUUGAAUCCUUAGCAUCUGCGAUUCUGAAAAACAUGGACUUUAGCGUCGAUCCUUGCGAAGAUUUUUAUCGAUACGCAUGCGGUGGCUUUAUCAACGAAACUAUCCUUCCCAACAGCGAGUCUAGUGAGGGUAGCUUUUCGAUUGAAUAUAAGAACGUACUUGAACAGAUUAAACUGAGACUCGGAGACGAAACUGAACCCAACGAACCGAAGCACUCCAAGCUCGCAAAAACUUUGUAUAAGCUCUGUAUUAAUAAAACCGCAAUCGAUGCUGUAGGAUUCGAUUUUCUUCGUGGACAACUGGAUCAAAUGGGUGGAUGGCCAGUUCUCCUUGGGGAUGCAUGGGAUCAAAAUGAAUUUGUUUGGACAGAAAUGAUUUAUAAAUUUCGCGAAGCUGGCUACGGUUUCGACAGCAUCAUCGAUUUUUCCAUCACACCGGAUGUGAAAAAUAGCACGAAACGAGUAAUCUAUAUUGAUCAAGCAUCACUCGUACUGGACCGGCCCGUUUUCAUGGAGGGCUUUAACAAUUCCAUCAUUGAUGCUUAUUACAGUUACAUGGUUGACAUAGCCGAGAUGUUUGGUGCCAAUAGAUUUCGUGCCCUGACUGAACUCAAGGAAUCAUUGGCUUUCGAAAUGAAUCUAGCAAAGAUUUCAGUACCGGAUGAAGAACGUCGUAAUGUAACGAAACUUUAUAAUCCGAUGACAGUUUCGGAACUGACGAAUAAAUACCCAACUAUACCUUGGAGAGAAUAUUUAAGCAAAAUGUUACCAUCAUCGAUCACUGUUGAGGAUGAUGAAGUCGUGAUCGUAAUGGCGCCGAGUUAUUUCGACAAUUUGGAGAAGUUACUGGACGCAAUUCCAAAAAGAGUCCAAGCGAACUACCUCAUGUGGAGAGCAAUCGCGGAAAAUUUACGUUUUCUGCAUAAUGAUGUACUCAACAGGCGGCAGCAGUUCUUCACUGUCCUGUACGGAAACACUGAACGACAAGCAAGAACCGAUGAAUGUACUUCAACCGUUGCUGAGCGGUUAUCGAUAAGCGUCGCUGCUAUGUACGUUAAGCAGUAUUUCAAAGAAGAUGCUAAGAAAAAUGCGGUCGCUAUGGUGGCGGACAUCAGAAGACAGUUUUACCACAUCUUGGGUCGUAUCGACUGGAUGGACGAGAAAACACGAGUAAAGGCGUUGCAUAAAGCCUCAGCGAUGGUCGCCCAUAUUGGGUACCCCGAUGAGUUGCUGGACGAUAGGAAGGUCAACGAGUUUUACAGGAAUUUCGACAUAUCCGGGGACAAUUAUCUUGAGAACAUAUUGAACCACAAUAAAUUAGAAGCUGACCGGACGUUUGGCACAUUACGUGAACCCGUGAACAAAACUGAGUGGAUUAAUCAUGCUAGAUCCGCCGUCAUAAAUGCGUACAACUAUCCUCAACUCAAUAGUAUCGAAUUUACCGCCGCUAUUUUACGAGGUGCUUUCUUCGACAACGAUCGUCCGAAUUAUAUGAAUUACGGAGGCAUCGGAUUUAUCAUCGGCCAUGAAAUAACACAUGGCUUCGAUGACGUGGGCAAAGGAUUUGACGCAGAUGGUGAACUCGAUAAUUGGUGGGAUGCAACUACUGAUGAUAAUUUCCAUCAACGGGCACAAUGCAUAAUUGAACAGUAUAGUAACUAUACCGUUCCUGAGAUCGGCAUGAACCUGAACGGCAUCAAGACCCAGGGUGAGAACAUUGCCGAUAACGGAGGUAUCAAGAUCGCGUAUCUGGCGUACAAAAGUUGGGUAGAAAGAAAUAAACCAGAAAAAAGGUUGCCCGGAAUUGAUAGAACUCCGGAACAAAUGUUUUGGUUAAGUGCUGCCAAUGCUUGGUGCGCGAAAGUGAAACGCGAAGCACUUGCCAUGGAUGUCGUUUCAGAGAUGCACAGUCCUGAUGAGUUUCGAGUCUUCGGACCGUUUUCAAAUAUGCCAGAAUUCGCUAACGAUUACAAGUGCCCGAAAGGUUCAAGAAUGAAUCCCGAAAAGAAAUGUUCCCUCUGGUGAAUUAUCACUGGGUUCUGGUUCCCAAAACGAAUAAUAAUGUAGUACUUUCGUGAACGAGGAAACUUCUAGUAGUGCCGUUUCAACUAUUCCAGUUUAUGGUUUCUAUGUAU